GAAGUUGCUGCUGUUGCCGUGGAGCCGCUGUGGUAGACACUUUCGUUUUCAUUUCUUCAUGUGAAAGUGAUUGGAUGUUGUUCUAGCUGCUACAUUACAGAACAUGGCGGGCCUGGAGGUGUUGUAUGCGUGUGUCGGCGGCAGCGUCACCUGUCCACAGGACGCCGUGGUGUGCUUCGUCCACUGGGAGAUGGUGAAGAGCGGGUACAGGUGCCUCGGCUCUGGGGACGAGCCCUGCAGCACUGAUAAGAAGUCCGAGCUGCUGCCUUCUGACUGGAGUAGCAACAAGGAACUGUACAGUCUGCGAUAUAAAGCCAAUGACGGAGACACCCAGCUGCUGCUCAAAGCCAUCUCUGUCGACUCCACCUUGAUCUUCAACCUGAUGAACUACAGCUCGCAGCAGGUGUCAGACUUGACGGUGAACAUCAGCGAUCAUGUGGAUGCAGAGCACCUGCAAAUAUUUGACCGUGUGUUCAAGCAUGCCGACAGCCUGUCAGAGAAGGUGACAACUCAGCUGUUGCCCUCACAGGACAGAUCAACUGGUCAGAGAAGGAGUCGGAGGGAGGAAGAAGACAAGGAGGAGGAGCAGAGGCGUGGAAGAGUGGACAACGACCCGCUCCGCAUCCCCAACAGACAGCCUCGCCAGGGACCGCCACACUGGGCUGACCCCAUGGUUCCUCCGUUUUCAGCUGGAGGAGCAGAUCUGGAUCCCUUCCGGUCUCCCAGCAGUGGCGGGAUGAUCGUUGACCCGUUGAGGUCGGGGUAUCCUCGUUCUGGUUUUGAUCCAUCCAGCGGGAUACCAGACAUUCUGCCUCCUGGAGCUGUUCCCCCGGGUGCUCGCUUCGACCCGUUUGGGCCCGGUGGACGACACAGACCAGGGCCGGACCCCGACCACAUGCCCCCGCCCGGCUACGACGACAUGUUCAUGUAGUAACUCCAGUUUGAUUAAAAGAAAUAUAAUAAGAGCAUUUGACUUCCUUUCAGCAGAAGGUUGCAUCUUAUUUUUAUUUUCAAUUUACAAUACAGACAAGUAAAACACAUAAAACUGUGCAGGACAAUUGGAGCUGUGUCUCUUGAUGACAAGCUUUAGACUAUGUUUGCGGUAUUGUUUGCUUCUCAAACCCAAAUGCUGUCCUGCAGCCAAUAGGGAGCCAGGAGGAAGUUCUUCAUCUCCAUCUUCCCCCAAGGAUUUGAUGUGGUUUGUCGUCCUGAAAAUAAAUAAGUUGCCCUUUUUAUUUUCUCCUGAUUUUGAGAAAGAGGGUUUGUUUUAUAAUUGUUCCUUUAACUAAUGUAUAACUUGUGUACAUAACAAACUUAUUAUUUAACACACACAGGCGGUAACUUUUAUGUAGAAGUUCCCAUCUGUUUGUGUUAAAUAAACAUCAGAAAAUCAGCUGGUUUUCGUUUUAAGAUAAGUAAGUUUGGAUUCUUAUCUUUCCAUUAAACUGCAUCCUGUAGUUUAAAUGUAUUCAUAAGAAAAGUAUAAGGGUGAAUUUCUGUUGUGGAGUAUUUCAAAAGAUUAAAAUGAGAUUCUUUACAGUUGUUUUUGUUUGGAUUGUUGUUGAAUUAACAACAUGGUUGAUUAAAUAUCUCCUGCCAAAAUAAAAUAAAUGUCACACUUUACAUUCUGGUUUCUGUUGUUGCUGUUUACUGAUUGUUCUGAGUCAUUGUUCUAUUUUUGUGCUCAGAUGUAAGACAUAAAAAAUAAACAUACUUGCAUAUUC